AUGAGUUUCAAGGGCUUUUCAAAGAGUCUCGCCCGAGCACCACAGCAAUUCAAGCUCAAAUUUAACAUCGGUGAACACACUGUUGAUGCCGUCUACAGCGACUCCGAGCGCCGCUUCCAGGAGCUAGAGAAAGAAACAAAGAAGCUACAUGAUGAAUCCAAGAAGUACUUCGACGCUAUUAAUGGGAUGUUGACCCACCAGAUCGAAUUCUCCAAAUCAAUCGCCGAAAUUUAUAAGCCCAUCUCAGGCCGAGCUUCCGACCCCAACUCAUAUCAGGAUGAAGGAAACACAGCGGGAAUCCAGGCCUGCGAGGAGUAUGAGGCGAUCGUACGGGAGCUACAGGAGGCCCUCGUGCCCGAGCUGGAGAUGAUCGAGGCCCGAGUGAUUAGCCCUGCGGAUCAACUCCUUGAGGUCAUCAAGAUUAUUCGCAAGGUGGCUACUAAGCGCGACCACAAGAAACUCGACUUCGAUCGCCGGAACGCUACGCUCAAAAAGCUGGAGGAGAAAAAGGACAAAUCCAUCAAGGAUGAAAAGGCUUUGUACAAGGCGGAGAAUGACGUGGAGGUGGCGACGCAGGAAUACAAUUAUUACAAUGACCUGCUCAAGGAGGAGCUACCGAAGCUAUUCACUCUCGAAGCGGAGUUCAUCCGCCCGCUAUUCCAAUCCUUCUACUACAUGCAACUCAACGUUUUCUACACCUUGCACGACAAGAUGCAGCGCAUGAAUAUCAGUUACUUUAAUCUCGACCUGGACGUGGAGGAGGCUUUUGAGCAGAAGCGUGGUGAUAUUCAGGAACAAGCUGAGGCUUUGUCGAUCGUCCACUUUAAGGCACAGGGCGUCCGUCGCUCCGGUUCCAAAUUGCAUCCCAAGCUGGCUGAAAGUAAGCGUGGGAGAUCUGCUUCCAACGUCGAUGAGCACCCUCCCCCACCUUACUCAGCUGGUACCUCUAGCCCAACGGGCAGCUUCUCCUCGGCCGCCAAGGGCAAGCCAGCCCCACCACCCCCAAGAGCGAAGCCCGCUCACCUCAGCAAGCCUGCCGAAACGGCCAUCGCUCUUUACGACUACGAGGCACAGGCCCAUGGCGAUCUCGGAUUCUCGACAGGUGAUGUGAUUGAGAUUAUCCAACGAACCGACAACACAAACGAGUGGUGGACUGGGCGGACCGGUGGCCGUGAAGGACAAUUUCCUGCCAACUAUGUGCAACUGAAUUAG